AUGAGCCAGUCCACCCCCCUCAGCUCCCAUCAAGGGGCUGGGGGGAGGCAGAAUCCACGAACACCUCGCUCAGCUCCUCUCAAUGGGGCCAUUGAGAGGAGGGAGUCCACGAGCACCCCGCCUGGGAUUGUGCGCUCUGGCCUCGCUGUGCGCUGGGCCCGAUGCUUCUCGUUCGGGCCCAGCGAUUGUCUCGCACGACGCGGAGGAAUUGUUAUAAAGCAGGAAGGGGGGCGGAGAUUCACCAGCCGCUGCCGCAGCGCGGCGUCGGACAUCACGACCAUAGGGGUGGACUUCCGCUUCAAGACGAUCCCGGUGGACAAGAAGACGAUCAAGCUUCAGAUUUGGGACACCGCGGGCCAGGAGCGCUUCCGGACGAUCACCAGCGCCUACUACCGCGGCGCCGACGGCAUCGUCCUGAUCUACGACGUGACAGACCGCGAGACGUUUGCGCACGUGGACGAGUGGCUCGCCGAGGUCGACAGGUACGUCACCGACUCCACGGUCAAGAUCCUGAUCGGCAACAAGUGCGACCUCGCCGAGGAGAGGCAGGUGGCCGCGGAGGACCGGGGGAAGAAGAAGGCCGAGGCGCUGGGCAUGUGCUUCCUGGAGACCUCCGCCAAGGCGGCCACCAACGUGCAGGAGAGGCCUUCGCGGCGGCGUCCGCCUCGCUCAUCGCCAGGCGCCAGGCGGCGGGCGCGGGCGCCUCGGGGCGCCCGCAGCGCCCCGGGGGCGCCAGCCUGCUGCAGCCGAAGGAGCCGCGCGGCGCCCAGGCGGCCUGCUGCCAGGGCGGCGGCGUCGCCGCCAUGA